CAUGGCGGCGGCGGCGGCGGCCCCGUCCCGCGGCGCGGUGCAGCGGCUGCGGCAGCUGUGCCAGCGCUACCAGGAGUACGUGCGGCGGCACCCGGCCGCCACCGCGCAGCUGGAGGGCACCGUGCGCGGCCUCUCCUACCUGCUGCCAGGUCGCUUCGCGGACGCCCACGAGCUGUCGGAGCUCGUGUACUCCGCCUCCAACCUGCUGGUGCUGCUCAACGACUGGAUCCUGCGCAAGGAGCUGCCCCGAGGCCUGCCGGGGUCACUGCCCCAGCAGAAGCUGCUGACCUGGCUGAGCGUGCUAGAAUGUGUGGAGGUCUUUGCAGAGAUGGGGACAGCCAGGGUGUGGGGGGAGAUGGGCCGAUGGACCAUCAUUGUCCUCAUCCAGCUGGCUAAGGCCAUCCUCCGCCUCCUGCUGCUGCUGUGGUAUAAAGCUGGCAUCCAGACAUCUCCUCCCAUAGUGCCACUGAACAGGGAGCAGCAGCAGUCUCUCCACUCCGAAGAUGUGGAAGGCAGCUCCUCAGGGAAAGAUCAGACCUAUGUUGGUAGGCGUUCCAGCCGCGUUGUGAGAUCUCUCCAAAAUACUCCUUCCCUGCAGUCCAGGCACUGGGGAUCCCCCCAGCAGAGGGAGGAGACACAGAGCCGAAGAGCAGAGGAGAUGAACCAGCCUCCCACUCCUCUGGGUCUCCAAGAAACCAUCGCAGAAUCGAUCUACCUUACUCGUCCUCUGCUCCACUUACUGAGUUUGGGAGUGUGGGGACAGAGAUCAUGGAAACCCUGGCUCCUCUCAGCAGUCCUGGAUAUCUCGAGUUUGAGUUUGCUGAGUGAUCUGAAAGACCUGAACAGGAGAGAGCGAGCAGAGCUGAGGAGACGAACUAUCCUACUGCUGUACUACCUGUUGAGAUCUCCUUUCUAUGACCGAUACUCAGAGGCAAGGAUCCUCUUCCUCCUGCGUUUGUUGGCUGAUUAUGUGCCUGGACUUGGCUUUGUCACACGGCCACUGAUGGAUUACUUGCCUGCCUGGCAGAAAAUCUAUUUCUAUAACUGGGGCUGAUGAGAAGAUGAUGAUUUUUAUUUGCUAAGAUCAGGGAUGGUUGUUUCUAAGGAUGGCUGGGGGAAAGAAGGCAUGUUGAUUAUAUCUAAUUUUCAGUUAAACCAUCAAUGAGAAGUUCCUGUUCUGCAGGGUGGGGAGGGGGGUGUAAAUAAUUUUUUAACAGAUCUGGCUGUGAAUGAUGGACACUAUGUGUGUGGAGAGACCUUGGACACCUCUUUCUAUGAACUGCUGUGGCUGCAGUGAUGGUGACGGGACAACCUUUUUUAAGCACUUGAUUUUUCUCCUUUUGUAUGGCUGCGCUAUACUAAAGCCAGGCAGUAUAGAGAUUUUUGGAGAGCAUAGUCUCCCACCUCGCUAAGACUGACCUGCAGCCUGCUUGUGUUGGCCAUGCCUGGCCGAUCUGCUUGGAGCGGGCUUGUCUGUCAAAUAAACUGAAUGGAAAGAACUGAGCUGAAGGAGCUCUUUUCCCUUGCUUACAAGGGAUCCCCUUGAGUCUUUGAUUUGGGUUGCCAACAGGUCUGUCUCUAUCAGGAAAGAGCAGUUUUUGCAGUUGUCUAGCCUGGGAUAUACUGGUCCCAUUUCUGUAUUGUUCUUUAGAAGCCUUUUGCUCUGACCUACGUAGGGGCAGAGCCCUGCAUGUUGCUUAGCUGAUGGCUGUGUCUGUAACUCCAGGUGCCUGCCUGGUUCAGCCCCAAGUUUCCUGGGGUUCAUCUUGAGGCUGGGAGAGCUGCAGUUCGUAGGCUGCUUUGCUAGUACCCUAUGCAUACUAAACAGGAUUGCAGAAUGGCUGCCAUCCAGUGCUUAGGGGCUUGGCCAAAGGCAGAGAAGAGAACUGAAGGAUUAAUUUGAGCAAAUACUGCUGUGCAGCAUUUAAUAAAGGGUCAGGCUGAGGUUUGGACAGCUAUGACCAUAUUCAUUAUCACCUCUGCUAAUUUAAGACAUCAGUUUAGCUGGUCAGCUGCUGUGCAGUCUCCCUCAUCCAGAACAGGGCGUAGACAGCCCCUGGCACCGAGAGCAGCAGCCCACCUGUUGCCAGCCCUGUGCACGCAACUCUGGGAGCCAGAAACCUGCUAGUGGUGCCACCUGGUUCUGACCAAUGGUGAGUUGGCCACAUGGGUGACAGCAGUCCUACCUAAACCAUCCUCAGUGGCCUCCCAGGAUACAGGAAUCACAGCUGUCUUACCUUAGGAGCCAAACUGGGGUAGGGGAAGGUACAUCCCCUUAUUAGGCCACAGCAGUAAAGGGACCCAGGGCUUGGCACUGCAUGGCAUCUGUGUUACCACCACAUGGCAAAAUGAAAGGCAUGAGCUGAGUGAACUGUGCUCCAUUCAUUUGGGAAUUUGAAAAGGAAGGAGUGGAAGAAGAUAAAGCCCAGAAAGAAGAGAGCCAAAAAAG